AUGCACCGCGCGCGGGUGUUCGUCGUCGCUGCGGCGCUGAGCAGCGCACUGUGCGCCGCUGGUCCGAAGGUCGACAUCCGCGUCAUUCCCCGACCGCGAGUGGAAGCAGAAGAAGAAGCAGAAGAAGCGGGAGAGAGUCCAGUGUCGCUUCUCACCCCGUCUCGCGACCCCUUUCCAGUGUUCGAAGGUCCUUUUGCCGAUGAAGAGAGACUGCCGUGUUUUCGAGAGGAGCGAGCGAUAGAUCUGGGCAAAAGCUACAUUUUUGACUUGUGUCUGCUAGCAAACGCAACACUUGAGAUCAUUGUUGAGGACGAGGGGGUGGAAGAAGUCGAGCUGGAUGCGGCUGGUGACGUGUCGGAGCCUCUUGAUGCGAAGAAGAAACACGUGACUGCAGAGCUGGACGAAGGGCCUACACCAGAGAAGGCGAAGCCAGACCUUAAGAUGCUGGGCAUCUUCCGUGGCUGGCACAUCGAUCCGAUCACGUUGAGCUACAAGUACAUGAUAUUCGACGACGGAGACAAGUGUAUGGACGGUGACCGAAAGUACUCGGUAACGGUCGAGCUGGUUCCUUCUAGCGACCCGGAAUCCAGCACGAAGCUGUAUGGGCUGAAAAGCUCGGGCAUGUGCACUUUCGAGGCGUCACUGCUUACCUUUGUCCCGAACGAAGACCGUGUUGCAAGGCAGGGGAUUCACACACCCGGCGUGGUCGACAUCAGCAGCGCAGAGGCAGUGUUGCCCGAGAUCUGCGGCAAGAUGAAGUGUAGUUACGAAAAGAUUGCGAGACGAGUGUACGAUCUGUCCGUUCAGAUCCGCGACGUCCAAGAUACCUUGGCGGAUGGGUCGUCGAAAGCAGUCUCACUGUUUACCAACAUGACUCUAGAAGCAUCGAAAAACACGCUGGAGUCUGCGGCCCAAAUCGUUCGGAAGUCAGUCGAGUUGUUCCACGAUAUUGAGGUUCUGCAGCAGUCGUUGAGUAAUGACUGGCUGGGGCGCGAAGAAGCGGCCAAGCGAGAGAUCGCGCGGCAGGAGGCGGAGGGUGAAAAGAGGAAGAUGGAGCAAAGUGUCGCCGAAGGUGCCUCAGCGGCUGCUGUAACUGUCGGAGAACAGGAGCAAGCGGUUGCGGAGAGCUGA